UUGCAGCAAUUUGUAUUGCUAUACCAGAAAAGUGUGAUUUAAACUUCCUCCACUAUUGCUGGGGCCUUGUUGAAUAAAAAACUAUAAAUUGACCCUCUUUCCUCCCCUUCUUCGACAUUAUUAAAAUAUCAAACAACAAUGUCUGACUUAGGAAGAAAAAAUUUUAACGAUAAAGUAUCUGAAGCUGUUACCCCAGAAAGUAACAAAAGUGCCUUGGAAAAGGCCAAGGAACAAGUCACCGACAAAGUGGAUCAAUUUGCCGCCAAGGCCACUCCAGAUGAACAAAAGUCGUUUGGACAAACUGUUGCCGACAAAGCCAAGGAAGGACACGAAGAUGCUAAGGCUGAGGUUUCUAACAACCAAGAAUCUUUAGCUGAUACCGCCACCGCUUACAUUGAUGCUGCCAAGGAGCAGGUUGGUAACGCUGCUAACUACAUCAGCGGUGUUGUUACCGGUGCCACCGAAGGUGCUAAGACAGGUGCUGACUCCACCAAGAAGUAGACACAUAAAAUAUAUCUGAUUUUUUAUUUGUAGAGAUGGAAUAAACGCAAAAUCGAAGUUA